AUGGAAGCAGAAGUUACUGUCAACAGGACUGAUGUUGUGGCUGACAUACAUCCCUGCUAUGAAAUAGAUAACUUCAGUUAUGUCGUGACCAGAAACCCUUCUGUUAUAUGUGUUUUAUUAUAUAUUUUCCUUGCAUUACUGGCUGUUAUCACAAUAUGUGGAAACCUCCUUGUUAUAAUCUCCAUCAUUUACUUCAAACAGCUCCACACUCCAAUUAACUGCCUGAUUCUCUCUCUGGCUGUGGCUGACCUGCUUGUUGGGAUUAUAGUCUUUCCUUUCAGCAUGGUGUUCUCUCUCAGCUCAUGUUUGUACUAUGAUCAUUUAUUUUACAGAUAUUAUGCAGUGUGUCAGCCUCUGACAUACAGAAGUAAAAUCAACCAUCGUGUUGUUGUGAUCAUGAUCCUGGUGAGCUGGGGUAUUUCUGCUCUGAUUGGAAUUGGUGUCAUUAUUGCUGGAUUAAACAAUGAAAAAUGUGAUGAAAGGUGUUUAAUUGAUGUUCUCAUGGCAAACACAGUUGGACGUAUUUUCUCUUUUUACUUCCCAGUGAUUACAAUGCUCUGUAUCUAUCUGAAAAUUUUCCUUGUUGCACAGAGACAGGUUCGCAGCAUCCAGAACACAACCUGUCAGAGCACAAAGUCUGGAGCAGCUGUCAGUAAGAUGGAGAGAAAGGCCACAAAAACUCUGGCUACAGUGUUGGGAGUAUUUUUAAUGUGUUGGUCUCCUUUCUUCUUUUGCGUCACCUUUAUGCCUUUUUCUAAUAAUUCAAUACCAGUUCCUGUACUCGAGACUCUUAACUGGCUCACACUGUCCAAUUCUAUGCUGAAUCCAUUUAUCUAUGCUUUCUUUUACAGUUGGUUCAGAUCAGCUUUCAGAAUGAUCAUCUCUGGGAAAAUAUUCCAUGGUGACUUUGCGAACUUCAAACUGCACUGA